AUGGAUUGGUAUUUGUGGUAUUAUCUUUUUAUCAGUCCACUUUACGUGACCAUUAUUGCUGAUACUAGUCAUAUUCGUACAAUUGAUGUUCAACAAGAUGAACGUGUUCGACUUGAAUGUACAGUGACAUCGAAAUUAGAUGCCGAAGAGGCCAUGUGGAUGCGCAUUCGAGCACCGCACAAUCCUGAUAUAUUGACUUAUCGAGAUAGUGUUGUCUAUGCACCAGAUCGUAUACAACUUGAACAACGCGUUAGAUCAAGUAUAGAUCCUAAUGGAACAUUUAUGAAUACAUAUUAUUUAACAUUAACUAUUUUACGACCAACUACUGAUGAUGAAGGACGAUACCUUUGCUCAAGAACAAAAAAUAUUUUUGCUGAAUAUGAUCUUUUUAUAAUUGUUCCACCUCAAUUUGUUGAUGAUAAUAGUUUCUUUCAACAACGCAGUAUUAUUGAAGGUUCAACACUUCAACUCUCUUGUUCAGCGUCUGGCCGACCGAAACCUUCGAUUACUUGGCUGUAUCGUACAAAUGAUAGGAAACAUGUUCCAUUUGGCGAUGGUACAAGCUGUCAAGAUACAGUAUGCGAAUUGCAUAUAGCAAAUUAUUCGCGAAACGAUCCCACGACCAUUGAAUGUGUUGCUGAUAAUGAAAAAUCAACAAGAAUAUCGAAAGUUUUUAAUGUGGAUGUUUUUUAUCCACCAAAACUGUCACACAACGUUCAAACAUUUACAGGUACGAAAAGUAUUGAAAUUCUUAUUCAAUGUUCAUCUACAUCGAAUCCACCAACGUCAAUUGUUUGGCUUGAUCAUAAUAGAGAACAAUUGUAUAAUUCAACUAUUUUCAGUAUAAAAACGAUGAAUCAAUCGUCAAUAUUAUCUUUUUUUGCCUAUCCACAAAAACAUCCAUCCCAUGUUUUCUAUUGUCACAGUGAUAAUGCCAUCGGAACAGAUGAAAAAUUAAUUAACAUCUCAAAGUUUGUUCAAUUAGAUUCAUUAAUUAUUCGUGAAACAACAACACCAUUGCCAACAUCAUUUACUACUCAAGAUUUAUCUCAAUCCAAAAAACAGAAAACUGUAAGACCAAGUCGUGCUCGAUCUAAAUCCUUCUCAGCAACAACAGAAACGCUUAACAAUGCAACAACAAUAUCUUCGUCGACUCAUAUAAUCUAUUCUUUUUCAAAUAAUGUUUUUUAUAUAGUUUUAAGUCUAGUUGUCUUUUGUUUUUAA